UGCCCUUCGAUAAUACAUAAAAAGUCCAAGGUUAAAAGGUUUUUUUUUAAAUCAUGCAAAAUUUAAAAAGAAAAGAAAAGGAUUCUUAGGAUAUCUAGACACGACACGUGGUCAAUUUCCAUCUCACAAAUAUGUCUGGUCCUCUUCCAAUGACCAGUGUCCAGAAAGAUUGGAUUAGAGGCGGUGUGGCGCCACUCCAAUUCCCCUCAAACAGUCAAACUCAUUCAAACAUGGCCUUAGCUCAAGUCUCUGCUUCUCUCUCUUUUUCCAUUCACGAUAUCUGUCUCAUCAGCUCACCAAGAACCCAUACAAUUUCUCGUUUACCCAUAUCGAGUUUUUCACGAAGCGGCUCCACUUUUGCCACUGGUUGCCGUCUCUUGAUAAGGAGAACAUCUAACCAGAGGAAGCCCGCAUGUAAAGCAACACCAGUUUCCAUUAAAUGUGAGCAAAGCACCAAGGAGGGCAACAGUUUGGAUGUAUGGCUAGGCAGACUUGCAAUGGUUGGCUUUGCAGUGGCUAUUACUGUUGAAAUAUCAACCGGCAAGGGACUUUUGGAGAAUUUUGGCCUCACAACCCCGUUGCCGACGGUAGCCUUGGCGGUGACAGCGUUGGUUGGUGUUUUGACAGCUAUUUUCAUCUUCCAGUCCGCCUCUAAAAGUUGAUCACUGGUGAGGUCUUAGAAUUUAUCAUCGUGAAGAUGUUUACAGCUGCAAUUUAAUUUGUUCAUUGACAGUAAUUCAUCUGCCUUGCCAACAAAAGGAUAUGUUUAAGAUUGUACAAGAAAUUCUUCUUUAAGUUUCCUUGAAUGCCUUCCUCUCGUGGUGGUUCUUUUACUUAAAACUGUUUCAUAUAUUUUUCUGUUUUUUACAGUGAUUGUAAAGCUUAAACUGUUUCAG